UUCUCAUGUGCGAGGAGAUUCUAGCUCAGAUCAACAAUUUUUCUGUGAUUUCGUUAUUUUGCCUGUAAAUAUCAUUGUAAUAUAAUUACUGAUGUCUUAUUCAUCUUUUUUGUAAUUUUGUUUACAUAUUUUCAGAGCUUCCCGGAAAUAUAAAACAUGGAUGAGAGCAAGAAGGACAUUUUGUUGAAGCGAAAAAUUGAGGAAUAUCACGAUCCUGACUACAAGUGCCACGCUGAGAAAAGGCAGAAAUGCUCCACGGAAGACAGAAGACUGAAAAUACAGGAGAUUAUCAAGAAGGAGUUUCAGCUAGAGCUGGUGGAGAGAGAGAAAGAGGCCUUCCAGAUUGAGGAUCGUCUGGCGAAGGCGAAGAAACAACUGCACGAGCUCAAAUACGCCGCAGUGUCGAGUUUUUACAAAUCAGGAGAGAUUCACAAGCUCGUGAAAGAAGACGGAGCGACACUCGAGGAGAAAUUCAUCUCAAAAGAGCAAAUUUCCCUUCAUCCAGCCAUAAAGAAACUCGUUGGAAAAACUCCGAAGAGAUACAGUGAUCUCGUACUUGAUGUGCCCAGGAGGAAAGCCGCUAAGGACGCUGCGUCACUCUUGAAGCAAAAUUUAAAGACCAAAAAGGAUGAGAAGCUGAACAAAAACCCCCCGGAAAACUGCACAGGUGAUGAAGAAAAGGUGGAUGGGGUGGAAGAAGAGCCAAAAAUUACUCCUUUGAACUCAUCUCGAGGCAGAAAUCAAGAGAAGCACUUAAUAAUUGUGGGAAAUACCUCGAAAUUCAUAGCGGAAAAUCAAAUGAACUCUUCCGUGUCUCACAAAUGGCUCGUUUAUGUCCACACGAGAGAUCAUCAUCCAAUUGAGAAGCUGGUGCAGCGUAUCAGAUUCUUCCUGCAUCCGACUUACCAGCCAAAUGACUGCGUAGAGAUUGAGAAGCCACCCUUUAAGAUCUCGCGCUUCGGUUGGGGCGAAUUCAUAAUUCGCGUGCAGCUGCACUUCUGGCCAGCGCUGAAGCAGAAGCCUGUCCAAAUAUUCCACAGAGUAAAAUUGGAUGAUAAAUGCACAGGACUUGAAACUUUUGGGGCAGAGACGAUAGCCGAAUUGUGGCUUAACAGAAUCUCACCGGAUUCGGAGGAGCAAAAGAGCACUGAAGGACUUCCUUAUGAUUUUACUGGGAAGCUGAUAAAGAAAGAACUCUUAAGUACCAUUGAUAAAGUAGAUUCGAGAAAUAAGGAAAGAGAUUCAAAGCCUAAAAGCAUCUGGAAACUCGAUUAUACUUCACACAUAUUCGACCACAGCUACUCGAAGAAUCACCAUCAAAAUGCCCACGAGAGAAUGCGACGAAUCUUCAAUUCGAUUGUCUUUACCAGUGUUAGAGCGGCUGUUGAGUUUCUCCUUCGACGUUUGCCGCUUUUUUCAUCUUUUGCGAAUGAAAGUUCAACGAUAUCCUUAACUUUUCCCUUCAUAAGGGCUUCAGAGGAGGACUACAAUGCGCUGCACUGGACAAAGCGAUUUAGCAAUGAGUGGUAUCGAGCGAAAUUUAUCUGUCGUCUGCUGAGGCAACACGCUUCUCUGAAGAAUUUGUCUGUGUGGUCAACAAAGGAUAUCGUUAUAUUUGCACGGAAAUAUUUCUACACUCCGCCAAAUCCAGAGCCAAGAAUGCAGGCGGGAAUAAAUCUCAAGGAUUUCCUAAAAGCAGAGAUUAGGAGGGAGAAACUUCCUGCGGCAACUUCAACAACACCUUCGAAGGUACGCAAUUGGAUUGCCGAGCAACAUUUAGUACCGCAACAAUCGCCUGAGAUAAGAGAGGAUGACUUCAUUGACGUCGAAAAUAAUUCCGUUGCAAAGCGAGAGUGCAGGAAAUUUUGUGACGCUUCUCAAAACGCAGUUUUGUGGACUCUUGAUGAUGUUUUCCAAGAGAAAUCAACCAAGGAUGAAAAAGAUGUUCAAGACGUCAUGAAAAUCGUCCUGAGAACGUUCAUUGAGGAUUUGGUGAGAGAAAGUGCAGCAAAUGCGAAUGACACAGACAAUAUCGUCAUUCAAACACCUCAUGUGAAAUCAACGAUAAUGAGCAAGAGAGAGUUUGAUUUCCUCACAAAUCAAGGAUUGGGACGAUCUUCAUUAAAGGAUGAAAAUCAAGCGCCAAAGUAAAGAAGCUAUAUUUAAAAAAAAAACAGUGAACUUAAUUAUUUGCUGAAAAGGAUUCGAU